UUUGUUGUAAAAAAAUAAACUAGAAAAGCAAUAAUUUGUCUAAUAAGUGUUUAGUAAUUUAAUUCUUAAUUCACAUCAAAUUAAAAAAGAAAAUGCGUAUCUCGCGGCAGACGUUACUCUUGCUUAGCAUGCUAUUUUGCAUUUACACACAAAUCGCUGGACAGGAACAAAACAACCAACUUCCCGAAAAGUAUGUUGAAUCCGUGCAACGCUCCACGCACACCAACAACUGGGCUGUACUUGUGGAUGCAUCACGCUUUUGGUUUAACUAUCGUCAUGUGGCCAAUGUGCUGAGCAUAUAUCGUUCAGUGAAACGUCUCGGCAUACCAGAUUCACAAAUUAUACUCAUGUUAGCCGAUGAUAUGGCGUGCAAUGCACGUAAUCCAAGACCCGGUCAGGUGUAUAAUAAUGCUAAACAACAUAUAAAUGUUUAUGGUGAUGAUGUGGAAGUUGAUUAUCGUGGUUAUGAAGUUACAGUGGAGAAUUUUGUACGCCUACUUACUGGACGUACACAAAAUGGUACAGCACGCUCGAAGAAAUUACUCACCGAUGCCGGUAGUAAUGUGUUGAUCUAUUUGACGGGUCAUGGUGGUGAUGGUUUCUUGAAAUUUCAAGAUUCCGAAGAGAUUACCAGUCAAGAGCUGGCCGAUGCUGUUGAGCAGAUGUGGGAGAAGAAACGUUAUAAUGAACUAUUCUUCAUGGUAGAUACUUGUCAGGCGGCGUCGUUGUACGAGAAAUUCACCUCGCCGAAUGUGCUGGCUGUGGCAAGUAGUUUGGUGGGCGAGGAUUCGCUAUCGCAUCACGUGGAUCAAUCGAUUGGUGUUUAUAUGAUUGAUCGUUACACCUACUACGCUCUGGAGUUUUUGGAGCGUGUACAACCGAAUAGCAAAAAGAGUAUGGGCGAAUUUCUGCAAGUCUGUCCAAAACGUGUUUGCAUUUCCACGGUUGGCGUACGCAAAGAUCUUUAUAGACGUGAUCCCAAUAAAGUGCCCAUUACCGAUUUCUUUGGCUCAAUACGUCCAACACAAAUUUCCACAGGCCGUAUUAAUAUAACGUUGGAAGAUGAAGAGGAUUUCAUUAACGCUGCCAUUGCCGCUGAGGAGGAAGCCGCACAACGUAGUACUUUUAAAGUUGAAUUUCCCUCCCAAUUCCCUACAGAAUUAUUUAAAUAAAUAUAAACAAUCAGUAUUAUAAUAUUAUAUAUAUUCCGCAUAUAUGUAUGUAUGUUAAGCUAGUCGGAGCAUUUUUUGAUACCAACAUUUAUUUCCAGAAUUCCAUUAAAAAUAUUUAGAAA